AUGUGCACUAUUAGAAACUACUGCAGCGCCUACUACUGCGAACAGAUCAAAGAAAUCGACUCUGACGAGUCUACAGAACUUGAGUACCAGACGUUCGAGAUUACCAGGCCUGAGAACCAAAAGCGCCACACUAUUGUUGGGUUCGGUACCUCCACAUACGAGCAAAUUGACCCUCGUUUCGAUACAACAGGGGUGAGCUUCCCGCGCCUCAAACCAGGCCAGCGGAGGCGCGCUUCUGACUCGACUACCUCCUCCGUUUCUGCCACAGGUAACAGCCCGAACACCUCACGACGAGCUAGUUGGUCUCGCUCUCGGACACACCCGGACGGACUCGCAGCGCUGCUUACUACCCUUCCCGAGUCUGGUUCUCCGCGUGAGCACUUUGAAGUACUCGUCUAUAAACUGAAGAGGUUAGCCGAGGAAAAAGCUUUGGAGGCGUCGGAAGCUGACCAGGACUCUAUCCCCGAUAGCGAAGAGACAGUCGAGUGA